UAUAUUUCACCUUCCAAACUAGACACAACAGUCCUGUUUUAAAACAAUGAGGACUGGAGAAAGAGGAAGUGAUGUUUGUAUCUGUGUGAUUGAGCAAAAGAGAGAAUUUGAUGAAUGGUAAUGAUGUAAAUAUGAAUGUUUUCUCUUUUUAUUGCAGUUAAAAUGGCAGAGUCCAGAGUUCAUAAUCAGUUUAAACUUACCACUAAAAACUAUGUGGAGGCUGAUGUUGGUGAAGAGGUCACCCUCCCCUGUCACCUCUCACCUGACACCAGUGCUGUUGCCAUGACGAUCAGGUGGUUUAAAGAGACAGAGUGUAUUUACCUGUAUAAGAAUGGCCAGGUGACAGAGAGGAGUGGCUAUGAGGGCAGAGUGAGUCUGAUCACCCAGGAGCUGGAGAGAGGCAACGUGUCUCUGAGGCUGAGAGACAUCAGGAGGUCAGAUAGAGGAGUCUACAUAUGUCAGGUCAUCCAUGGAGAACAGAAGAAGGAGGCUGAAGUGCGUUUAUGGGAGAGAGAAGAGCUCAACAUAUCACACUCCAAAAUUAACAUGGAAUCAGCUUGA